UGUGGAGGAGAGGAGACUCAUUCUGGACCCAUCAUACUACCAUGCUCAGCUAGAAUCGAUUGAAGACUUGACCAGGGGGUGGUGAAGUUGCAUGCAAAAGGAAUAUUGAUUGUUGAUAAGACCAGCAUGUAUUUUGGUAACGUCUGUCAGACCGCUACCCUGCCUUCAUUGGACCUUGGGCCUCCUGUGGGAGGAGUCCACCAAUCCAUGGCGCUGAAGCCCCUCCUCCCGCUCAGCCUGUUCCAUGGUUUCACUGAAAUGGACCGUGAUCACAAAUCCCGUUUUGGUCCAGGAUUUGGACUAACCACGCCCUUUAUGAGGAAACCCAGCUCAUCGUGUGUCGUUUGCCGACUGAGGUUCAACUCAGAGAGCCAGGCCUCAUCCCAUUACAAUGGUACCAAACACUUCAAGAGGCUCAAAGCCCUCAACCCACUGGACUGCAAGACCAGAGCCCCCGACACAGUAUCCAAGGAAACCACGACCAAGAGCAUAUCACCCUGCCUUGUGCCGCCCGGCUCAGAACCCAGUUCAACAGAUGUCACAGCCGGAGCCAUGUUGUCACCACCCUCUGCCUCUAGGGUGGUUCCAUCGACCUGCAGCCCAUCUGUAUCCAUGGAAAUGCCCUCUGACCCCUCUCUGUCACUCUGUCCCCUGGUGGAGAAGGAGAUGGAGGGAGAGGUGGAGGAGGUUGUGGAGUCGGAGGAAAAGAAGGCUAAGAGACUACUAUACUGUUCUCUCUGCAAGGUGGCGGUCAACUCUGCAUCCCAGCUACAGGCUCACAACAGUGGCACGAAACACAAGACAAUGCUGGAGGCCAGGAGCGGCGACGGAGCCAUAAAGUCAUUCCCCAGGUCAGGGGUCAAAGCCAAGCUGGCCACUCCCACUGAGGUGUCGACUGGGCUACAGAACAAAACUUUCCACUGUGAGAUCUGCGAUGUGCACGUCAACUCCGAGACACAACUCAAACAGCACAUCAGCAGUAGAAGGCAUAAAGACCGUGCAGCAGGGAAGCCAGCCAAGCCCAAGUUUAGCCCCUAUGGUCUGCCGCCUCAAUGCAACCAGAAUCUGCAGACAGUUGGGAUCACUCUGAGGAAGGAGGACUUGGCAAAGCCUCUCGUCUCGCGCCUCUUACAGAGCCAUCUCUCCCUCGCUGCUGCUGCUGCCAUGGCAACCCUGUCCCCGUUCCAUUUGUGCCCUGCCCCUACAUCUGGCUCCGCCCUCUUUCAGACUCAGCCCCUCCUCCACCAGCCCCUAUUACAUCCUGCCCCAGGACCUCUCCGUAUGGCACAUACAUCAGUUCUGUUCUCACCGUACUGACACAGACCUGAACCAGAUUUGGUCUACUCCUGACUCAGACCCAUGUCAGAUGGACCAGAACUUAACUCUGUGGGACCAGUACAGACAAACUGCAGUCUGUAAAGUUGGAAACAGAGUUGGGAUCAGAUUCAGAGUAUUUAUCUCUACUGACCAUCUUGGACCAGGGUGUCUAUGUUGGUUUUUGUGCGAUGCUUGAGUGUGUGCGUGUGUGCGUGUGUGGGUGUGUGUUCAUGUGUUCGUUUGUGUGUUUGUCAUGAAAUAUGAGUAUUGUUUUUCAAUAAAGAAUUUGUUGCUUACCUUGAUACUAAUCCCUCUUUGGGUCCCGUUCAAGAAUUUCUGAAAAACUGAAAUGAAUUAAGAGACGCAGAUCCUUCAUUUUGGCUUCAAACGAUGGGCCUCAAUUAUUUAUUACUUACAGGUAAUCCCCUUGGCUUUACUUCUUCAGAUAAAUCACAACAGGAAUGUGCUCCUUGACCGUGACUUUAUUGUCUGGGAGAUGCUGCUGUGCACAGGAGGACCCAGGCCCCAUGAAUCUCUGUAGAGAUCCAUUUAAUCACACAUAUGUUGGUAUAUCUAAUGUUUUGGUGGGAGGUAGUCUAUAAGAAGGGGUUAACGGUUAACCCCUAUCAAAUACAACUAUUUGAUAAAGACAUCCUUAACAGGAUUUUUUACAAUAUACAUAUUAUCAUAUAUUCUCUGUGGAGAUGGGAGAACCUUCCAGAAGGACAACCAUCUCUGCAGCACUCCAUCAAUCAGGCAUUUAUGGUAGAGUGGCCAGACGGAAGCCACUCCUCAGUAAAAGGCACAUGACAGCCCCCUUGAAGUUUACCAAAAGGCACCUAAAGGACUCUGAUCAUGUGAAAGAAGAUUAUCUGGUCUGAUGAAACCAAGAUUGAACUCUUUGGCCUGAAUGCCAAGCGUCACGUCUGGAAGACACCUGGCACCAUCCCUACAGUGAAGCAUGGUGGUGGCAGCAUCAUGCUGUGGGGAUGUUUUUCAACAGCAGGGACUGGGAGACUAGUCAAAGUAAAAAAAUAUCCUUGAUGAAAACCUGCUCUUGAGCGCUCAGGACCUCAGACUGGGGUGAAGGUUCACCUUCCAACAGGACAACGAACUGAACCACACAGCCAAGACAAUGCAGAAGUGGUUUCGGGCCCAGUCUCUGAAUGUCCUUGAGUGGCCCAGACUUGAAAGCUGUGCAGUGACGCUUCCUAUCCAACCUGACAGAGCAUGAGAGGAUCUGAAGAGAAGAAUGGGAGAAACUCCCCAUUGGUGUGCCAAGUUUGUAGCGUCAUACUAAAGAAGACUUGAGGCUGUAAUUGCUGUUAAAGGUGCUUCAACAAAGUACUGAAUAAAGGGUCUGAAUACUUCUGUAAAUGUGAU